CUUUAAUCUCUGUCAUCACACGCAUUUGACUAACCCUCCACUAUCCUCCUGGAUUUCCUGAUAGUUAAAGCUGCUUUAUUAGAUUGGUCGCCAAGUUUCAAGCAAGAUGCCUCAGAUCCUCAAAGUCGCUGUCUCCCAGUCGCACACGCGCCAAACGCGAGCCGACACCCUCAGCGCUUUGGAGCAGACAGCCCAGAAAGCAGCGGAUCAAGGCGUAAACAUCCUGCUAUUCCCUGAGGCUUACAUCGGCGGAUACCCCCGGACUUGCUCCUUUGGAUCCAAAUUCGGGUUUCGCGAACAACAUGGCCGGGACCAGUUCCUUGAGUAUUUCAACGCUGCUGCCGACCUCGGAGAUACACCAAGCGGUGCCGGGGAUGACUGGGUUGAAAAGAAACUCCCAGUGGCAAAGGGGAAGCAAUUCCGGGGCGAUGGAACUCGCGAGUUUCUAGAGAAGGUUGCAAGGGAAACGGGGAUGCUGAUUGUCGUUGGCGUCAUUGAGCGCUCUGGUGGUAGCCUGUACUGCUCGGCCGUCUAUGUAGACCCCAAGCGUGGGGUUUUGGGGAAACGAAGAAAGGUCAUGCCAACUGGAACGGAACGACUUGUCUGGGCGCAAGGAUCCCCAUCUACCUUGAAGGCAGUUACAACCGAAAUUAAUGGCGUCCGUCUGACCCUGGCUGCGGCCAUUUGCUGGGAGAACUACAUGCCUCUUUUACGCCAGAGUCUUUAUUCCCAGAACGUGAAUCUUUACCUGGCCCCAACUGUCGACAGCCGUGAGACCUGGCUGCCACUUAUGCGAACGGUUGCCUUGGAAGGAAGAGCUGUUGUGCUCUCCGCCAGCCAAUGUGGUCGUUAUAACCAACUUCCCAAAUGGGUCACACAGAGCCCAGAAAACAAAGCGGCUGGUUACGAUCCCGAGGCAUUCUCUAGUCCAGGCGGAUCCUGUAUUGUCGGUCCUCUCGGUGAGGUCCUGGCCGGCCCACUGUGGAAUGUUACCGAUGACGAUCCCGACAAGAGCUUGCAAGUUGUGGAGAUAGACUUCGAGGACUGCGAGCGGGGCAGGCUAGAUCUUGAUCUCGCCGGUAGCUAUUCACGUAACGAGUUUACUUUGAAGGUGGAAGGAUUGGACCUCAACCCCCCUCCUUUCUAAGCUUCCACCUGCACCGCUUCUUUCUAUGAUACUGUUAAGAGUCAUUUAACAUUAUGUACCCAUAAAACCCCUUCUAAUUCCUGUUCUUACGAUCCAAGUCAGCUUUCCUUAAUCUUCGUUACCAAGGGUAAGUCGUAAAAGCAAUAAGAAAGAUGAAAGAAACAUGGUGAGGAUA